AUGGACCAAGGAUAUAUCACAAAGCUUCAAGACCGGGAUGUUAUUGAAAGUCGAUUCUGCGAUCUAUUCAGGGAUGUCCCAAUAGCAUUGCGCGAUGAAGACAUUAAUGCGACUAAGCAGAAUAACCUCAAGUCGACCGUAAAUAGACUCCGCAAAGAGUUGAAAGACAAAGAUGCAGAAGUAAGAUCACUCAGAGAAGUCAUCAAAGUUAAAAAUAACGAUUCAGAAAAGUUGAAUAAUGAGUUGAUCAGCUUGAAUAUUGAAAAUAAUUUGGUCGGUCACAAAUAUGCACAGUUAGAAGAAGAGCAUGAAAAAUUGGUCAAAAGGUGGUUGGAAAGGGUCCAUCAAGAAUUUGACGUUUUGAAUGCGAGGUAA